AUGGCAAAUACCAAUUACAGGUUGACAUUAAGGUUUGCAUGGCACAUCAUAAGAUCGCGCCUGAUGUCAGCACUGGGUGUCGUCAUGAUAGUGGUUGACCCAAUCCUUGUAAUCGGAUCUGCAUUUUAUGCUUUCAAUGUUGAGGCAUACAACUGCCUGCGAUGGGCAUUCUUUGAUAGAAGAAGAUGGGAGGCAGGUGCUUCGGCGGCAUACGAUGCCAAGACCGCGCAUAAAGGCUCUGAAAUGAUACAUGGAGACAGAUUUUAUUACGGAAAGUAUGUCUCACGGGAUAUUGAUAGGAGGUUCUUGCAGAACGAUCUUGCAUUGGUUGUGACGGACAUUGCAGACAGCACAGACAUGUGGAACCGCCAACCUGAUGCAAUGUAUCGAACAAUUGAAUUGCAUGACGAAAUGGCUCGGAAGCUGUGUAUAGAACAUGGCGGAUGCGAGAUCAGAAACGAGGGAGACUCGUUCUUGCUUGCAUUUACAGACAUCAACGAUGCACUCAAGUUUUGCAAGGAGUUCCACAGGAAUGUGCUUGCUGCAUUUAGAAGCUGGAUGCCUUUCAUUAGUAUAAUGCGACGCAAGGUACUUCCAAUCAAGGUUCGGAUUGCAGUGUGCCAGGGUCCUGUUGUAUUGAGCCGUGACAGCGUCUUGAAUGUGCAUGGAGAGACAGUGUCCAAGAUAUAUUCUAUGAAGGCGCAUCCAGAUAAAAUAUGCAUACACAAUGGCUGUAUUCAUAGCUCAAUGGCUGAAAUAAGAAAAAUGCCACUGUUAUGUGUCCAUGAAACAUUGUGA